CCAACCAGCCCGCCACAUUCUUGUCUGCCAAUUUAAUUGUCGCUGCCGUAAAAGCUACAUCUCAAUCUCUACAGUUAGAACGACAGGCCGAAGGCAGAAGUCUCAAAUUUCCCGACAGUCAAGAUCAAUUUUUGUCCAACAACGAUCAAUUUUUGUCCGCUUCGUUGAAGAAUGAAGAUACAGCAACGACGUUAAAAUCAUCGACGACGUCGAUAAACGCUUAA